CAGAACGCUUGGUGCUUUUGCUAUACUGCUAUUUUGACUUUUCAUCAUUUAAUUCAUUUUGUCAUUUAAUCUCUGAAGAUGUCUGCCAUCUGGAUUUUUGUCUGGACUCUUUACCUUAUAUUUCCAGGCCAAUCCUCUUAUGUUUCCAGACCAUCGGUUAUCUCUGCGAAGCUUAAAGAUCAUGCUACUUUUAACUGCCCAUUUAUUGGUGGGCCUAGUGUAGUAGAAACUGUCAUUUGGUACAAGCAAAUGUUAGGAGGGAUACCUCAAAAGGUGGGAGAAUGGUUACCAGAUACAGAUCCUAAAAUCGCCUCUGGGUUCAAAAAAUAUAAAAUUAAAAUGGAGACACAUAAUAACAGCAUUUCUCUGACAAUUCCACGUGUGAAAAAGGAACAUGAAGGACUUUACUACUGUGGGCAGUUCAGCUCGGAAAAUUUUACACUGUCCAGGGGUACGUUCUUGGUUGUAACAGAUGACAGCGAUGUUAAAGUCUCCGUGUCCCAGAGCGGCGGGUUGGACUCGGUUCCUGCAGGAGCGUCAGUGACUCUGCAGUGCUCGGUUCUCUCUGAGAGCAGAGCAGCAGAACUCCAAGUGCUCUGGUUCAGAGCUGCUUCACCACAAUCCCAUCCUCAAAUCAUUUACACUCAUCACAACAGCAACCAUCAGUGUGAGAGCGACUCUUCUACACACACCUGUGAGUACAACUUCUCCAAGAACAUCCUCAGCCUUAAUGAUACUGGGACUUACUACUGCGCUGUGGCCGUGUGUGGAAAGAUCAUUUUUGGGAACGGGACACGAGUACAACUGGCAACAGAUAAAUCCUUGGAUACUGUAGUGAUCUUUCUUGCUGUAGCUUUGGCUGUGUCUAUGGUUGCUCAUGUUGUAAGGUGUAAAGGGAUAACCUGUGAAUAUGGCAGUGGAAAAUCUCACAAAUAUGUGGUAAACGAAACAACAAAUCAGGGCCAUGGUGCUGUGGAGCUGAAGUUUGCUGCCUCACACUUUAGUAAAAAAACAGGAAAGAGUCAUCAAGGCCAUAAUAAUGUCUAUACUGAAGUGAUUUACUCUCCUCUUUUUUAAUUUAUACAAUUACAGUAAAAUAUAUAUUUUUUUAUUUUAUACAUUUAACAUUUUCAGCCUAAUUGGGAAUUGAUUUAAUUAUAUGUUACUCCAAUAAAUAAACAAACAAGAAAACAUUCAGCUCACUUUUUCCACUAGAUUUUGCGAUAUGAAUGUUGGAAAUUGUGGUCAUUCAGCCACAAGUGCAUAAAUGAAGCCAAGCACUGAUCUUGGGUAAGGAGGUCUGGGAUUCAGUCUGUGUUUUAAUUUAUUCCAAGGGUGUUCUGUCCGGUAGAAGUCAGGGCUCUAUCCAGGAAACAACAUACUGUAUGGGUGGAUAGUAAAGUGUCCACAGAUGUUUGGCCAUAUGAUUUAAUGACUGACUCUGUAUGCCUUAUUCUGAGAAGAUGGCCCCUAUGGUCUUCUUAAAGGUACCUGUGAUUAUUGAGAAUAGUUCUAUUUCAAAACAUGAAAAUGGCCCUGAAGUGCAUUGACAAACAGUUAUACUGUGUUGUCUUAUGACUGUAACUGUUCUGUAAUUGCAAAUCUCCAUCAGUAAACAGGGGUCCAUUCUUCGUACGUCGCUUAAAAGAUCCGAGAUGAAUUGACACAUCUAAGAUGAGAUCAUCAUGCUAAUUACAAUCCGGCUAAGUCGGUUCUUUGAGCACACCUGUUGUUGAUGAUUAGUAUGGCUGGAUUGAGUUGUCUAUUUUGAGUUGUCUAUUGUUGAGUUGGAUUAUUGCGCGUUCGUGCGUUGGUUUAAAAAGUGCGUUGGUUUAUGCAUCGACAGUAGAAACACUGAUCACAAGCCCUUUUGAUUGGUUGACGAAAUAGCAAAAAAAAGUGGCUCAAUUCUUUUUUAUGACACGUGUUAUGCGCUGAAAUUGCUCCAUCUCCAGAGCAGCUUUAGAACUUACUGACAACUACCUGGUUCAUCUACACCUGACCUACAGGCAAAAACUUCUAAGGCUGUAGUAAGCACUUCUUUUAGAAACAUAAAAAAAAGGAAAGUUCCAGGCCCAGAUGAUGUUACACCAUCCUGUCUAAAAUCUUAACCAGAUGGCCCCCAUAUUCACACACAUCUUCAACAGAUCACUGGAACUAUGUGAAGUCCCUUUUGGCUUCAAAUGCUCCAUAAUCAUCCCCUUUCUAAAAAAAAACCCAAAUCACAGGACUCAAUGACUACAGACCAGUCACUCUAACCUCUGUGGUCAUAAAGUCUUUGAAAGACCGGUGUUGGCAUACCUAAAGGACAUUAUCGGACCUUCACUGGACCCCCUGUAUUUUGCUUAUAAAGCAAACAGUCAACAUGGUACUGCAAUGUAUAUAUUCAGAGUAAGGCAUAGGCUCAAAAAAUAACUUUGGACGACCUCUUAUUUAAACUUUUGCCGUCUGGUCGGCGCUACAAAACACUGAACACCAGGACAGCCAUGCACAAGAA